AUGAAUAUCUGGCUACACACCUACACCCUAGACGUUCCCUUUUUUUUGAAAAAUGUUCGACACACUGGAAUUGAAAUUUUCGGAAGAGAAUACACAUUCUCCAUGGAUGGAAUAAUGACAUGCAAACCCAAGAGGUCUUCAAUAGGGAAGUAUUGCAAAAGUUAUGAAUUGACACAUGUGAAAAUAACACAUUCUCAAUUUUCAGAAAUUUUAAAUGUCCUUGGAAAAAUAUACCGACCAAACACAUACAACUUUGUUUACAAAAAUUGUAACCAUUUUUGUGAUGAUUUAUUUGAGUUAUUAAGUGGAAAAAGAUUAUUUCAUACAUUCAUGAUUUAUUCUCGAUUAGGAAAACUUUUCGAAAAUUUUAAAAAUGUAGCUUUAUGUGGUUAUAUUGAUUCUAUGGAAAUUUCACAGAAUGACAAGCAAAUGUAUGUUUAUGCUUUAAAGUUAUCCAAGUCAAUCAUAAAAAGGAAUAAAAAUGUGACAAAAGGUGCGCCAAACAGUUUGACAAACAGUUUGCAUAACACUUCACCAAGCAUUGUACCGCACACUAUGCCGAACAAUGCACAACCAACUUCACAAGCCAGUUGUUUUAAUGAAAUAAAUAAUGAAUACACGAACAGGUGUUACAACCAGGCUCCUCUAUAUAUCUACCCAUACUCAACCUGUCCCAAUAAUUCUUGCAUAAGCCAAAAUGUCUACUAUGGUGAGAAUGUCUUUAACAAUUCGAUAGAUUGUUUACGGGAUGAAAUUCAGAACAGCUUUUUCCACAGCGGACAGUUUAGAACUAUAUAUUCCAUAAGUACAACUGGUAGCUUUUCAAUGACAUAA